CGUUUUCACGGCGCGCUUUAAUGUGGAGCCACAGCCUUAUGGUGAGGCGUGGGGACGUGGGAGCAGUGCAGCAGGCACGAGAGGAACUCUAUUACUCUAAUAUGGGAUUUCACGGCGCGGACGUGGGAGGCGACUCAACACACACUUCAUGGGUCCCACGCCGAUAAGGGAAUCCUGAAUUCAUUCCACUUCUAGAGUUUUCCACAACACUUUUUCUUGAGUGGACUCGAACGCAAAGAUGCCAGUUCUGGAGAGAGAGACGUCCAGAGAUCGAGGCAGCCAAGUGUUGCCAAAGGUCCCGGUGCCGCCACUGAAGCAAACCCUGGACAUGUACCUGAGGUGUGUCCAGCACCUGGUCACAGAGCAGCAGUUCAUGAAAACUAAAGCCGUUGUGGAGAAGUUUGGAGCUCCUGGAGGAGUUGGAGAGGCUCUCCAGAAGAAGCUGUUGGAGAGACGGGACAAGACCAUCAACUGGGUCUACGAUUACUGGCUUGAGGACAUGUAUUUGAACAACAGGUUGGCUCUGCCGGUCAACUCCAGUCCUGUCAUGGUGUUUCCCAAACAGACUUUCAGAGACCAUAAAGACACUCUGAGAUUUGCAGCUCGUCUCAUCAGAGGGCUGCUGGAGUAUAAAAGACUCAUUGACGAGCGAGCGCUGCCUGCGGAUGUGGGCCGUGGCCAGUUAGCGGGAACCCCUCUGUGCAUGGAGCAGUACUACCGCCUCUUCACCUCUUACCGCUACCCGGGGUUGAAGACAGACACGCUGAAGGUGCAGAUGAAGGCAGCCUCGUCAGCAGAGGAGCACAUCGUCGUGGCCUGCAGGUCUCAGUUUUUCGUGUUGAAUGUCGUCGCAUGUGGAAAGCAGCUCAAUGAGACAGAGAUCUUGUCCCAGCUGGAGAGGAUCUGGAAAAUGAUGGAAAAUCCUAAAGAGAGAUUUCCUCCUUUUGGUAUUUUAACAUCCGAUGGGAGAACAGAAUGGGCUCAAGCCAGGGAUGUGCUCAUGAAAGAUCAAACCAACAGAGACUCUCUGGCUCAGAUUGAGAGCUGCCUGUGCGUGGUGUGUCUGGAUGAACCAAGCGACCUCGUGCCCAGUGACACCAACAGGGCCCUGCUGAUGCUGCACGGCGGCGGCCGCGAGAAAAACGGCUCAAACCGUUGGUAUGACAAGUCGAUGCAGUUUGUUAUAGGAAUGGAUGGGAUUUGUGGAGUGGUGUGCGAACACUCACCUUUCGAGGGGAUAGUUCUGGUGCAGUGCUCUGAAUACCUGAUGAAAUAUAUAACAGGGAGUCCCUCCAGGAUGGCGAGUGCGUCCAGCAUCAGAGAGCUCCCUCCUCCAAAGAGGCUGUUGUGGAAAUCCAACCCACACAUCCAGGGACUCUUAGCAGCAUCUGGAGACAGACUCCAGAGGCUGGUGAAUAAUCUCGACAUGGAUGUUCUCACGUUCAAAGCUUAUGGGAAAGAGUUCAUCAAAAAGCAGAGGAUGAGUCCGGAUGCAUUUAUACAAGUCGCCUUACAACUUGCAUUUUUCAAAUGCAGAGGAAGACUCGUGCCCACUUACGAGAGUGCGUCCAUGCGGCGUUUCCAGCAAGGUCGAGUAGACAACAUCCGCUCUGCAACUCUCCAGGCCCUGGCCUUUGUGAAGUCCAUGACAGACGAGAGGGUCACUUUCACCGAUUCAGAGAAAAUGAAACGACUGCAGGACGCACUUAAAGCCCAGACGGAUUAUACGAUUGCAGCUGUUACGGGAAUGGCAAUAGACAAUCAUCUCCUCGGGCUUCUGAGGAUCUCAAAGGAGCUCAAGAUGGAGAAGCCAGACAUCUUCUGUGAUGAGACGUAUGUGGCCAGUAACCGAUUCAUUCUCUCCACCAGUCAGGUUCCGACCACUGUGGAGAUGUUCUGUUGCUACGGCCCCGUGGUUCCCAACGGCUACGGCGCCUGUUACGACCCACAGUCGGACCACAUCCUCUUCUGUGUGUCCAGUUUCUGGGAGAACACCGAGACGAGCUCGGCCGUUUUCGUCAAAGCCCUAAACGAGGGCCUGCUGGAGAUCAGGGACCUGUGCAAUAGAUGCAGCGCUGCAGCUACCAAACUGGCUGACAGCAGCCAGGGAGGCGGCCAGCCUCAUAAAUCAGGGAAGUAAGCCAUACUGAGGGAGCAUAAUCUACACAGCUGCUCCUCACUGUACUUUUAGAACUUAGAUUUUAGCUUUAGACUCAGUCAUUGAGAUGCCUUUGUGUGUAUUUUUUGUUAUAUGUGCAAUAGUUUUACCUUCACAACGAAACACAAAGCCUUAAUACAAAAUACAUUUAAAAAAAAUAAAUAAAUAAAAAACAUCAUUUUGGGUCAUCAGAACACUCGAAAGGUCGAAAUUGACCCCCUCAGCAGACUAAAAUGGACUAGUCUGCUGCCUUUAGGAAUCUGAAGCCAUGUCUGAUUUGUAGCACUGGUGUGAGGAGAGACUCCUCAGUCAGAGAGUGAAUAAACUGUGUGACCCCAGUAUAUACAGACGGGUGACAAAUGAGAAGAGUUACAGGUUAACGACACCCGACAUCCGCCGGACACGGAGGGUCAAUGAGCAGUUUGAUCGUCACUUUAAGGCAAUACCUUUUGACACAGAGGUAUUCAUCCACAUUAAUCUAAGGUUGAUGACACGCAAGUGACCCACCAUCCCACUAUUUGUCACCUGUCUGUAUCUCACACAUACACACCUGUAGAGUAGUAGUGUCAUAGUCACGAUAGAUUUAUGUCAAAAGUGUGCUUUAGUAAAUGUAGUCUAACAAUCACGACGUCCUAUAAAUGUGUGUGCUGCUGUGUUCACAACAAACCGGAUCAAUGUUGCUCUUAGGUCCACUUUAAAGUUGUUUUGACAUUGUCGUGUAAAAUCCUCACAUCCUGACAUUAGUGAGUUGCCAAAGAUGUUGUGUGUAUGUGGAGUCCAUGUGAAGAGGCACUUUAAGAUAUUUAUUGAAAGCGACGAAUGAAAACAUAGACAAUGUGUGUGCGUGUUUAGAGAGAAGACGCAUGUGAUAUGGUUUCAGUGGCACAGUCGAAGUCGUCUCGUAGCUCUCGUGUGUGUUAGAAAUUACAGCAAUAGUUGUCACGUGUAACGGCCAGUGCUACUUUAUUAACAAGAUACAGUCCAGUGGUGACUAUAGGUGAGGCAAACCACUGUGUUCAUGUGUACAUAAGUGCUUUUUAUCUGCACUUCAAUGUUAAAUGAAGGUCGUGAUGUGUCGUCGUCGUCCAGUAGGAACCGUGUGCAAUAAAAUAACUAAGUGCAGUGAGGGUUAUACUGUAUAUGUAUGUGCAAUUUACUAGAUCACUUUAUACGAUGCAUGGAGCUUACUGUAUGUGAAAGGAAAUGACCUAUGGUUCCUUUUCAGAAACCUUGGAGUGACAUUAUUGCAAUCAACGACGUCAUAUGCAUGCUGUUAGAGUCAAACGUCUGUCGUGUGUUUAGACUCGUGGUAGUUUAUCAAAUCAGUGGAGCUCGACAGUGAAAGUGUGGAGAUACUUUGUUGUUUGUCAUGAUGCCACCUCAUCCGUGUUUGAUUUCUCUCUAAAGUGAAUGUCCGCCACAUCUGCCACAUCAGAGACACACGCAUGUUUAUUCUUACAUAUUAGAUGUAUUUUUAUAUGUCACGCCAAGAGCUUAAAUGUUCAUAUAGUAUAGAAUAUAUUUAAAGUAUAAGACAAUAAUGCCUUAAAAUAAAGUCAUGCAAACUGUUGAUAAGAUCUACUAUUCUAGAAUUAUUCCAUGUUUUACUAAUGAUGUGAGUCUGAUUGGUGUUCACUGUCUAGUUUGACUGAUACAUGUAAAAGAAUGUAAUAUUUGUGGAUUUUCUCUUUGUCCUCGGUCCUCUUAGGUCGUAUCUAUUGUACCACAGUGUAGUGUUAAUGUUGGCGGAGAAAAUAAUUUUAUUCAUAAUCCAACGUGUAUGUGAAAGGCACUACGUCAUGUUAUAUUCAAUGAAUGUUGAAAUUGUGGAUUUAUUUUUUUAGGUUACAAUAAGAUAUUAUAGUAUUUUGUUGAUAAAUUAACUCUAUUUGCUUAAAGAAGAAAUGACUUUCACUCUGCUGUGAAGCUAAAAACUGAUCAUUCUGAAAAUAAAAUCAACUUCUGUGAA